UUAAAAGGAACAGUAAACGACCCAACGAGCUUCCCUACCCCUUCACGCACCCACGGCUCCUACCACUGGGCAUUCGAGCGUAUCCUCUCAGCGGGCCUCGUCCCCCUAACAGGCGCAGCCUUCGUCACCAGCGCCACAGCGUACCCCGUUGUGGAUGCGUUGUUGGGCGUGGGGCUGGUUAUGCAUAGUCAUCUUGGUUUUGGACAAAUCGUAGCUGAUUACGUGCACCCGCGCAAGUUCCCCGUUUUGGGCCCUGUGGCGACGUGGGGGCUUAGGACUGCGACUGUCGCUACGCUCGUUGGGGUGUAUCAGUUUAAUACGAAUGAUGUUGGCUUGACGGAGCUCAUUGCUAAAGUAUGGGGCGCGUAA